GGUGCGGUCUGUGUGCUGACUUCGGAAGAGUGCUUGUAGCAGUCCUCUGCAAUAAGUAACGAACGACUGACCUGAAUUGUGUUUUUAAAUAAGGGCAUUUUUAAUGUUUAGUUUGUGAAGUGAUCCGACUGAUAUCUGCCGGGAGAGCGGCGGGGAUGCGGCUUCAGAAUGGGAAACAUUUUCGGCAGAAAGAGACGCACUCGAGUGACAGAGCAGGACAGAGCUGUUUUGCAAUUGAAACAGCAGCGAGAUAAGCUCCGGCAGUACCAGAAGAAGAUCAAUGUUCAGCUAGACAAGGAGCGACAGCUUGCCAAACAGCUGUUGAAAGAUGGCAAGAAGGAGAAAGCUCUGCUCCUGCUGAAGAAGAAGCGUUAUCAGGACCAGCUCCUCGACAAGACAGAGAACCAGAUCAGCAACCUGGAGCGCAUGGUCCAGGAUCUGGAGUUCGCCCAAAUUGAGAUGAAGGUCAUUGAGGGGCUGAAGGUCGGCAACGACUGCCUGAAGAAGAUGCAUGAGGUGAUGUCCAUUGAGGAUGUGGAGAAGAUCAUGGAUGAGACUCAUGACGCCAUCGAAUAUCAGCAGCAAAUUGAUGACAUGCUGGCCGGCUCGUUGACUCAGGAGGAUGAAGACGCCGUACUGGCCGAGCUCGAGGAGAUUACACAGGGAGACGAUGUUGAGCUUCCGGAAGUUCCAGACGAGGCCUUACCAGAGGAACCAGAGGUGGAGGAAGAGGAACCGGAACCAGAGAGGAAGAAGGAGAGGGUGAAUAACAAACCAGAGAGGGAGAUGCUGGCUGCCUAGACACACACACACACACACACACACACACACACACACACACACACACAAACUGGUUGUGAGCUGGAGGUGAGCUGAUGGCCGCCUAGAGCUCCUGUGACCACCAGAGGGCGUCCACGAGCUGCUGAAAUUACUACUCCCAAACUCUCAGCUGCCCAGCACAUACUGAAAUACACACACACACACACACACACCGUAAGUGUGCACAGAUAUGGACGAGGUGAUGCUAAAGCACCUGCCCCUUUGCCCUACUGGACAAAAAAAAUGCCCUUUUUGAAAUUUAUUUUUUGAAACUUU